UGUGUUCCACUUCCUGCUUCUGCUUUCUGUGUUGCUCUGGGGCUUGGUCUCCUUCUAGCCACGUUUGGCCUGGCUGCUACUGUUACUGCUGCUGCUGCUGCUGGAUUCCUCAGACAGGAUGAGGUCUCUGAGCCUGAGUCCAGACAUCCCAGGAAGCCUCAGCUGAGGAAGAUCCUGCACAGCCAGUGGAGAUUUCUGGCCCCAGCUCCUUCCUUCAUGGCAGCAUGACUGAGGACCAGAAGGCAUAGGAGGAGGGAGAGGCCAGGACACAGUGCCAGACCGACCACCCUGAGCUGGGAAUGGCUCCGACAGGUGGGAAGCAGGGCAAGCAGUCCAAGGCAACAGUGGGGCACACUCCACUCUGUGGAAGACAUGCUAAGGCCGAUGUCACAAUGAAUUGUGAACUCACACCUCUCCUCUCACUCAUGUCACUCAAGUCAGGCCUUAGAAAGCAGAGAAAUCUGGGCUAAGGAACCAUCUAGAAGCAGGCCAUGGGGAUUCGAUUUUGUGUUGACGGACAGUUCAUGGUCGUUGAAAUUGAGGAUACUGAAGAAAUAACUGAAUGGCGUCUUAGAGAGGCAAAGAGAAAGAAGCAGCAGAGAAAAUCAAAGAAAAAAGAAACAGCAGCAGCCAUAAAGAUCCAGGCGUGGUGGCGUGGCACCCUGGUGCGCCGCACGCUGCUACACAUGGCUCUCAGGGCCUGCAUCAUCCAGCGCUGGUGGAAGAUGACCCUGCUGAGAAUGCUGGAGAAGAAGCGGCGAGCAGCGCUGCUGGUCUAUGCACAGAGGGAGAGGGCAGUGACCAAGCUCCAGUCCUUGGUGCGCAUGUGGCGCGUCCACUGGCGAUACUGCCAGGUGCUCAACGCUAUCUAUGCCAUCCAAUAUCACUGGCAGUGCCACAGCUGCCAGACAUGUGCACAACUCCAGGGCCACUGUGUGGUCACCGCCACCCACCUGGAAUUCCAUAUUGAGAUCAGUCACUUCUAGUUUGACCAACAAGGUGCUCUCUCCUGUCCACAGUAAACAUCACUCAGCUCUGG